AUGGCUCCGAAACCGAGAUACGUUCGCAUGGAAAAGGACGACCUUGCAUGGGAGAAGAGUGAUGAGGAGGUCGAGUCGUGGGAGAGGUCUCUACACAACUCGGACGUUUACCGUGGCAUUGGCAACCUCAUAACAAAAUACAAGCCUGGCGAGCCUGUAAAGCUUCACUCACCGAUCAGGGGCGGAUACAAUAUAUUCUAUCGGCUGGAAUACAGUGAUGGCACGUCUGCUGCGAUGAGGAUCCCCUGUAAAGGCAUUGUGAAGUUCCCUGAGGAGAAGAUCAAGUAUGAGGUGGCUACAAUGCGUUACGUUGCGGCAAACACCACGAUUCCUGUGCCCAAAAUAUACCAUUACGGAACUGCGGCAGAGAACCCUACUAGCCUUGGCCCUUUCAUUAUUAUGGAUUAUAUAGAGCAUAACAGGACAAUGUCUGAUGCAUUGAACGACCCUCUCCUUGGACCAGACGAGUCCCAUGUUCUGCACGCCAAUAUCAGCGAGCAAAAGCUUGAGUUUCUCUACAGGCAAAUGGCCAACAUCAUCCUCCAGCUAUCUACACUAUCAUUCCCCCAAAUAGGUUCAUUGGUUCAGGAUAAAGACGGAACCUUCUCUAUUUCAGGACGGCCUCUCAUUCAGAACAUGAACUCCUUAGUAGAGUUCGCUGGGGUAGUCGCAUCACUACUACCAUUGCAACAAUACUGCACCUCCACGGAGUAG